AUGCAGAAUGUCGAGCUGAAGGAACUCGCCUCGCUCACGCCAAAGUACCGCGCUCAUCUCGUCAAGGCGGGCUACCUCACAGCCGCCGAAGUCCUCCUCUCCUCGCCGAGCGCCCUCACCCAGCGCACGAAACUCCCGCCCGCCGAAGUCCUGCACCUUCUGUCCUCGAUCUCGCACGCAGUGUGCUCGCUUCCUUCGACUGUCGACAAGAGCGUCGCGGAGAUUGUCGAGGAGGAGGAAAGGAAAGGGCUCGGCGCGGUCUUUACGACCGGAGACGAAGGGGUGGACUUGCUUCUCGGCGGCGGCAUUCGAGUGGGCAGCUUGACGGAGCUCGCGGGGCAAUCCUCCUCCGGCAAGACUAACCUCUGCCUCCAGCUCUGCGUCACGGUGCAGCUGCCCCGCUCGCAAGGCGGACUAGGCGGCGGAGCGCUCCUCAUCACCUCCGAAGGCAAAGUCCCUUCGACGCGGUUGUUCGAACUUGCCGAGCACUACUCCUCCCUCGACGGGACGGGCGAGACGAGUCGAUCGGCCUGGGACUUUCUCGACAACAUCCAUACUGAGAAGGCGCCCGAUAUCGAGACCCUCUCCGCCGUCCUGUCGUACCACGCUCCCGCAACAAUCGAGCGCGUCGCUUCCGCCUCCCGCUCUUCCUCUCCACCCUCCUCCGCUCCGCCUGGCACUUUCACCCAUCCCACCGGCCGUUCUCCGCUCAAACUUCCCCUCCCGAUCCGCCUCCUGAUCCUCGACUCCAUCGCGGCCCCCUUCCGUGCCGAAACGGAAACUGGCACGCUCGGGUUCGCCAACCGCGCGAAAGACUUUGCCCAGCUAGGGGAUACGUUGAAGCGCUUGGCGAACGUGUAUGGCGUUGCUGUGGUGGUGGUGAAUCAGGUGACGGACGUUUGGGAGGGGAGGGGUGGGAGAGGAGUCAGACUUGGACCUGAAGCGUUUACGGGCGAGAAUGGCGGAGGAAGCGGGACGGGAUACCUGUCCCGCACGUCGACGACCGGCUCUACGCACACGACAACCUCGACCAGCUCCACACUCUCCUCAACCGGCCUCCCGCCUCCGCCUCACACGCAAUACUCCUUCCCGCCUCUCCUCUACUCGCGCUUCCAAUCCCCUCACUUCCUCGGCCCCUCGUCCUCGCUCUCUCACCCGUUCCUCCCCCUCCCAUUCAUCCCCUCCGGCCCACCAGUCUCCGCAGCCCUCGGGCACGCCUGGUCCAACAUCCCCAAUACUCGACUCUUGUGCCUCGUCAAGCGUGAUUCCGGAGGUGUUGGCGCAGGGAGGACGAGGAGGUGUAUGUGCGUUGUAUGGAGCCCGUAUGCGCCUAGGGGAGUCGUGGAGUAUGAGGUUAGGCAGGGAGAGGGCGUGAAGAGUGUGGGAGAGGUGCGGGUUAGGGCGGUCGGGCGGCCGCCGGCUUGGAUGCGAGACGAGGGUGAUGUAAGUGCUGCUCGCGAAGGUGUGGGAGAGAUGGACGUCGCGGAGGAAGAGGAGGACGGGUUGUGGGGGACGAACGGGACGCUCGAUGCGCAGGUCGCGUGGGAAGCACUCGACCAGACGGCGAGGCAGGCGCAGGCGGAAGCUGGCGGGUCGAACGCGGUGGAGGACGUCGAGGUGACGGAUCAGGCGGAGAAGGCAGAUGUUGUUUCGUGA